UUGCUUAACCCCACUCACCCAUCAGUUAGAUUCUACUCAUUUCACCAUGCAAAGCUCAUGCAAAUCAUAUGUCUGCCUCUUCUCUGUUUUUGUCUCCCUGAAUUACCUAACAACCGUAACCGCUAAGCCCGCCUCCUCUCCUUAUUCCGGCACGGAUAAUGUCGUGCUUAACUGCGGCUCCUCUGCUAUCUCAACUGACCCUGAAUGCAAGGAGUGUACCGGAGAUGUUGGUUCAAAAUCCAUUCCCUCACAACCUAAUGAAACCUUGACAGUCUCAAAAAACAACAGUACCGCUCCAAAACACAAGUACUCAAAACGCACGAAAUCGCUCUUGUUCCUCGCCAUUUUUGGAGCUUCCCUAGGUGUCGCAACUGUUUUUCUUCUCUUGGGCUUAACAAUUUUCAUGCAGAGGAAGAGAGCAAAGCCCCACAAGAACCAAACAUCAGUAGCUCUUGAAGGAUUGUGCCGUCGAUUUACUCUGGCAGAGAUUCGUACUGCCACAAAUAAUUUUGACAGGAAUCUUAUCAUUGGAAGAGGCGGCUGUGGCUACGUGUUUAAAGGUCACAUCGAUGAUGAACUCAAACCGGUAGCCAUCAAGAUCUUUGGGCCAACCUCGAAACAAGGGUUCCACGAGUUUCGAACGGAGAUCGAAAUGCUAUCAAAGCUCCGUCACCCCCACCUGGUCCCUUUGAUCGGUUACUGCAACGAUGAGCCGCACAUGAUCAUUGUGUAUGACUUCAUGGCCAACAGAACGCUUCGUGAUCAUCUUUACAACACGGAUAAUCCUCCGUUGUCAUGGAAGCAGAGGCUGGAGAUUUGUAUUGGUGCCGCUCGAGGACUAUUGUACCUCCAUGAAGGGGCGGAACACCCGAUCAUACACCGCGACGUCAAUACCAGCAACAUUCUGCUCGACGAGAAUUGGGUGACCAAGGUUUCGGACUUUGGGCUGUCCAGACGGGGCCCUACAAGCCUGUCAAAGAGCCACGUCACCACGGAUGUGAAGGGCACCUUCGGGUAUAUGGACCCGGAGUAUUUCUGGACCUCUCAUCUAACGCUGAAAUCCGACGUGUUUGGGUUUGGGGUGGUGUUGUUUGAGGUGUUGUGCGCAAGACCAGCGGUGGAUACGGGUCUAGAUGAUGAGCAACAAAGUUUGGCCCUAUGGGCGCAGCAGUGUUUUGAAGAUCGUACACUUGAUCGGAUCAUUGAUCCCCGUCUGAUCGGUAAAAUUGCGCCGGAGAGCUUAAAGGUGUACGCGAAGAUUGCGUAUAAAUGUUUACACGAUUUUAGAGAUCGACGGCCCAAAAUGGCUAAAGUGUUGAGGGCCCUUGAGCUUGCAAUGGAGUUGCAGGAGAUUGCUGAUGGUGGGGCUCAUACGGUGGUGAUCGACAAGGAAGUUCCAUCACGUGGGAAAGGGAAUCCGGUGGUGUCAAGACCAGCGAACAAUGGUGAUCUGGUGCAUUUGUGUCCAACGUUUUGGAAGAGCAGUAUAUCCCGAAAGGAACUUGUAAGGUUUUUCAGUGACAAGGCAUUUAAAUGGGUUAAAUCACCAAAGCCUCGCUGUCUAAAGGCAUAUUGUUGUGGGGCUCCCGAGUAUGAUGGCUUGCCACGUGUCCAGGUGCAAAAGCCUAAUUUAAGAUGCGGCGGACCAUAUACGACGCCGGGGAAGAUUUUAAUUGAGAUUACAAACGUCGAAGUCCAAUAAUUGUACAUAAAUGAAAGAAUGGCACGUGGAGGCGACGAUCUGCUGUCCGGCGUGGGGCAGUGGCAGCGGGCGGUGGCUGGGAGGGUUUUUUUUUUUUCGUUUUUUAAACUGAAAGAAGGGUUACAUCCAGUGUUUUGUUAACACUUGUUUUUCUUGUUUAAUGCUGAUGUGUCAGUUUCUCAUUUGUUGGCAGAAAAGUCUUGGGUUUUGCCAAAACCUGAUAGAAGUUAUUCUCUUUUGGUUGACUUGAACAUUCCAAGGCAAUGUAAAUAUUCUUGAUAGAAAAAGCAAUACUUGUUUUAAAGGUGCA